AUCGAUUCUUGGUCGCUUCGCUCUGCACUGCGUACUGUGUUGAAUCUGGCUGGUUCCUUGCCUACAUAGGGAGCUUGAGGACAUUCGGGACGCAGCCCCUGUUUUUAUCAGAAGACCGCUGGGAUGAAGGAGAGACGGGGGGCAUCCUCGGCUUUGAGCUUAUAUUUAUAAAGAAAAAGGUUUAUUUCGAUUUGCUCUUUAUUCCCUUUGUUUGUGUGUGUGUGAGAGAGUGUGAGUGUGUGAGAGAGGGCGGUUUGGAUUUUGUGGCUUGAGAAGAGCAGAGGAGCCAAAAUGAUGGAGGAGAUCGACCGAUUCCAAGUGCCGACCGAGGCAGAGAUGCAGGCCUUGGAUCCGGCAUCCUCCACUGCCUCUGAGGGAGACUCGGAUACGAGAGAGAGCGAGCCGGCCACCCUCAACUACAAACCAUCACCUCUGCAGAGGAAAAUAGAAAAACAGCGAGAGCUGGCCAGAAAGGGUUCUCUGAAGAAUGGCACGGCGGGGAGUCCUGUCAACCAGCAGCCCAAGAAGAACAACGUCAUGGCCAGAACGCGGCUGGUGGUUCCCAACAAAGGCUACUCCUCCUUAGACCAAAGCCCAGAUGAGAAACCAUUAGUUGCUUUAGAUACAGACAGCGAUGACGACUUUGACGUAUCCAGAUACUCCUCAUCAGGAUACUCUUCGGCUGAGCAAAUUAACCAGGAUUUGAACAUCCAGCUCCUGAAGGAUGGAUACAGGCUGGACGAGAUCCCCGAUGACGAAGAUCUGGACCUCAUCCCUCCAAAAUCGGUCAACCCAACCUGCAUGUGCUGCCAAGCCACGUCUUCAUCCGCCUGUCAGAUCCAGUAAACUUUUUCUCGCUUUUCUUUCCUCUUUUUCUCUGUUACUCUCACUCUCUCUCCUUCUCUCUCCUCUCUCAUUCCUUCUUGUACCCUUAUAAAGACAUUUAAUCCACGUUAUGGCACGACAUGUACCGGUAAUGUUAUGAUCAAAAUGGUGUAGAGGAAAUCCUGAACAAAAACACACAUACACUCUCGCACACACUAUACAUACAUACAUACACCUGCGAUAAUAAUUAAUGUUCUGACUAUUAUUAUUAUUAUUAUUGGUAGCGUUCUCCUAUGGUAGGGCGCUCUGUACGCUGGUGAGCUGGGAGGAGAUUACGUGUUCAAACCUCCUAGUGGACGUUGUGUAAUGAUUGUACAAUUGGAGGUCCAAAAAAAAUUUAUUUAACUGUGCAUUAAAACACUUGGUGAUGCUAAGCGCCGAUAUUAUCAAAUGUAGUACCUGCUUCCAUGUCGUACUUUACAUUUUAUGUUGUCGUGUUUGUUUUUUUUUCUUCCUCUUUUGUUUAGUUUUUUUCCUUUUUCCUGAAUAAUGUGCUUAAUUGUACGAGGAUGUUUCAAUACGAAUUGUGCUAAGGAUGUUUGCCGAGACACUGUCGAUUUUCAUUUCUUGUGCUAGUUGUUCAUUCGCAGCACUAAAACGCAGCAUUGUGUAGCAUGUACGGAAAACGUUGCACUUUGUUUUUUUUUGUUUUUUUUAGUCUAAUUUUGUUUACACAAAUGACCGUUCGAUAAAUUGGAGACGAAUGUAUCAAUUGAAAAAAAGAAAAUGCAUAUCCAACUGGCUUAUACAAAUGCAAUAUAGCCUAUAUUAUAUUUAAAAAAAAAGGCCACUUAGUUAGCAUCAUUUGGUCGUGUGCUGUAAAAUGCUACCUAAAGUGCGUACAAACACUUUGGUGUGAAUGACUGUUUCUCAUUUUCAGUUGAAGUGCUGUGUGUUUUUUUUUGGCUUUUUGGACUCAAGUGGCGUCACACAAGAAGUAAACUUUCAUGACUAUGAUAAUAAAAAUGGCUAUUUACUUGUG